AAGAAUACCACCCGCCAAUGUUACGAACGUUUCUUCAAGUUAUGCAUUGUUCAUAGUCCCCUUUUCUAGGGACGACUUAUUCGUUGGCCGAGAAGACAUUAUUACAAAGAUUAGGGAGAAACAUAAACAAGUAGCCUCGCGGAACCACUCCCGCCUAGCUCUUGUUGGGCUAGGAGGCGUAGGGAAGUCGCAGAUUGCAAUUGAGUAUGCGUAUAGAGUUCAACAGGUGGAGCCGCAGACUCUAGUAGUCUGGAUACAUGCAAGCAAUCCUACCAGAUUUGAGCAAGGAUAUAGAGACAUUGCCGACAAAAUUCUACUUCCCGGGCGAGAAAAUCUAAAGGCUAACAUCUUGCAACUAGUAUGCGCGUGGCUGUCAGAUAGGAGGAAUGGGCAGUGGCUUAUGAUACUCGACAAUGCCGACGACGAUGACGUUUUCUUCGCCGGCGGCAAAGAUACCGCAGGCACUACGCAGAGGAGCGACAUCACGAGCCACACGAGGCCGCUUGAAAACUUCCUCCCUCAGACGCCGAAUGGAACAAUCCUUAUCACCUCAAGGAACAGAAUUGCGGCAAAUAAUCUCGUUGGAACGCACGGUAGCAUCGUCCAAGUGGAGCCGAUGGAUGAAGAGGACGCGCUAGCGCUGCUCAACACUAGAGUGUCAUUUAGCGAGUCCAGUAAAGCUGAUGCGAAGGCGCUUGUCCAGGCUUUGGAACGCAUACCUCUUGCAAUUACCCACGCUGCGGCGUAUAUCAAGACAAGAGCACCGAUGAUAACUAUGUCGGGCUACCUCGAGCUGUUCCGCGAGAGCGAGGCAAAUCAGGUGCGUCUCCUAGGCAAGAACGGUUUAAAAGACCUUCGGCGAGACCACAGCAUACGGCAUGCAGUUAUCGCCACGUGGCAGAUCUCAUUCACCCAGAUCCAGAAGACGGAACAGUCGGCUGCAGACUUGCUUACGUUGAUGAGCAUGUUUGAUAGACAGGGGAUUCCGAUAUCUUUGCUGCAAAACAGCACCAGUCAACUGGACUUUUAUGAUGCUCUAGCGCCGUUGCUUAGCUUCUCCCUUGUACAGGCAGAGAUCGGGAAGCAGUCGUUUGAGAUGCACCGUCUAGUGCAGCUAUCAAUGAGAAGGUGGCUUAAGGCGGACAAGCAGCUAAGUAAAUGGACAAAGGAGUCGAUAAGAGUUCUAACUACGGCAUUCCCUAGCGGAGACUACGAAACAUGGGCAGACUGCCAAGUACUCUUUCCCCACGCGAGAGAAGCUAUUAGCCAUAUAAUAGGAGAUGAGGAGGACGUGCUAAAUCAGGCAAAGAUUGCUUUUAGCACAGGCUGGUAUCUAUACCUUAGAGGUGAGUACAAAACCGCGGAGAAAGUUGUUCGAAUGUCAGUAGAAGUAAGAGAGAAGGUGCGAGGACGAGAGCACCAUGAUACGCUCACCAGCGUCAACAACCUUGGCUCGGUGCUGGAGAGCCAGGGCAAGUAUGAAGAGGCCGAAGCGAUGCACCGGCGGGCACUGAAAGCAAGGGAGAAGGUACUGGGGCCAGAGCACCCUGAUACGCUCACCAGCGUCAACAACCUUGGCUCGGUGCUGGAGAGCCAGGGCAAGUAUGAAGAGGCCGAAGCGAUGCACCGGCGGGCACUGAAAGCAAGAGAGAAGGUACUGGGGCCAGAGCACCCUGAUACGCUCACCAGCGUCAGCAACCUUGGCUCGGUGCUGAAGAGCCAGGGCAAGUAUGAAGAGGCCGAAGCGAUGCACCGGCGGGCACUGAAAGGAUAUGAGAAGGUACUGGGGCCAGAGCACCCUGAUACGCUCACCAGUGUCAGCAACCUUAGCUCGGUGCUGGAGAGCCAGGGCAAGAGGCCGAAGCGAUGCACCGGCGGGCACUGAAAGGAUAUGAGAAGGUACUGGGGCCAGAGCACCCUGAUACGCUCACCAGUGUCAGCAACCUUAGCUCGGUGCUGGAGAGCCAGGGCAAGAGGCCGAAGCGAUGCACCGGCG